AUGGCACCCGCCGUACGGCAAUGCCGUCGAGGGCUGGCUACUCAAGCGUCCAUGUCGACUAGGAGAACACCGCAGACGUUUGCAGAGAAGGUCGUUCAGCGGUACGCGGUCGAUUGGCCAGAGGGGAGAGCAGUCAAGGCGGGUGACUAUGUUAUGAUACAGCCUGAGCAUGUCAUGACACACGAUAAUACCGGACCGGUCAUAUCCAAGUUCAAAUCCAUCGGUGCGACCAAAAUCAAGAACCCGCAGCAGCCAGUGUUCACAAUCGACCACGACGUGCAAAACAAAUCCGCCAAAAACCUCCAGAAGUACCUGACUAUCGAGCAGUUUGCACGAGAGCACGGGAUUGACUUCUUUCCCGCAGGGAGAGGGAUCGGACAUCAGAUCCUUGUCGAGGAGGGGUACGCAUUCCCUCAGUGCCUCACAGUGGCUAGCGACAGCCAUAGUAACAUGUACGGCGGAGUGGGUUGCGUAGGUACUCCCAUCGUGCGCACAGACGCGGCCACACUAUGGGCUACGGGGAGGACAUGGUGGCAGAUCCCACGGAUGGUCAAGCUCGAGUUCACCGGGGCGCUCGCACCCGGCGUCACGGGGAAAGACGUGAUCGUCGCACUGUGCGGGGCGUUCAACAACGACGAAGUCCUGAACGCCGCUGUGGAGUUCACAGGCGAGGGUGUCAAAGGGCUCAGCAUCGACGACAGGCUCACAAUAGCGAAUAUGACGACCGAGUGGGGUGCGCUGGUGGGCGUAUUCCCACCUGACGAGCAUACGCUGGCGUACUACGACGACCUGAUUUCUAAACUUGAGCACCCUUCUUUCGCCGCGCCAAGCACGCCUGCCCCACCCGAGCACCCACGACUAAACAAGAAGCGGCUUGAAGCACUCAAGGCCUCGCUGAUGACCUCCGACCCGGACGCGGAAUACUCCGCCCACCUAACGCUCGACCUCUCCUCUCUCGUGUCCUACGUCAGCGGGCCAAACAGCGUCAAGAUCGCUACCGCCUUACCCAAGCUAGAGGAACAAGACGUCAAGAUCCAAAAAGCGUACCUCGUUAGCUGUACCAACGCCCGCGCGUCAGACCUUGCAGCGGCCGCAUCCGUCGUAAGGGGAAAGAAAGUCGCCCCUGGAGUAGACUUCUACGUCGCGGCCGCAUCGAGCGUAGUGCAAGAAGCGGCCGAGAGGUCAGGAGACUGGCAGACACUGGUCGAAGCUGGCGCGCGUGUCCUCCCAGCCGGGUGUGGGCCUUGCAUCGGUCUCGGCACUGGCCUGUUACAGGAAGGCGAAGUCGGUAUCUCCGCCACGAAUAGGAACUACAAAGGCCGGAUGGGGAGUCCCAAGUCUCUGGCCUACCUCGCCAGCCCAGCAGUGGUCGCUGCCUCCGCUAUACGGGGGUCCAUCUGCGCCCCCACAGAACUAGACAUCGAAGAUCUUCCCAAGUGUUCCUCUCCCCUCAUCUCUAUCUCUCCCUCCUCUUCCUCCGCCGCCCCAGCAGCAGCGCAAGAAGAUCUCUACCCGGGUUUCCCCGCUUCCUUCCGCGGCCCUCUCCUCUGGACCCCGCAGGACAACCUCAACACCGACGGGAUCUACCCCGGCAAGUACACCUAUCAGGACGACAUCACCCUCUCCCGUCAGGCAGAAGUCGUUAUGGAAAACUACGACCCUGGUUUCUCCUCACUCGUCGCUUCCCUCCGUUCUCCUUCUUUCGUCCCCGGCCAGCCAGAGACAGCAGAACGCGACCAGCAGGGAAUGAAAGGCGCCCUCCUCAUAGCCGGGUACAACUUCGGAACUGGCUCCUCGAGAGAGCAGGCAGCGACAGCACUGAAGAGCGCUGGGAUCCCCCUGGUCCUUGCGGGUAGUUUCGGGGAUAUCUUCAAGCGCAACGCGAUCAACAACGGGCUUGUGUGCCUCGAGUGCCCCGAGCUGGUCAGCGAGCUGACGAAAGAGCACACCAAGGCGGGAAAGAGGGGAGAAGGGGGUAAGGAUGGGGAACUGACUGUCCAGCUCGGGUGGCACGUGGAAGUCGAUAUGGGCUCUGGGGAGGUGAGGGUGAGGACUUUGGAGGGUGAUAGGGUGUAUAAAGUUCGGCCGGUGGGGAGGAGUGUACAGGAAUUGUGGGUCGAUGGUGGGUUGGAGGGGUAUGUUAAGAGGCAGAUCGAGGCGUGA